ACGCGGGCAUCAGAGAUAUGCAAGCUAUCGCAAGCCUUUCUAACAUCGACGUAUGCACAGGCAGAGUAUACAACCAGUCCGCAGAUCUUCUCGCAGGAAACAGCCUCCAGAGAAACUCAGACUCACGAGAGGACAAGCGUCGAGAGAUCAUCAAUACCAGAGCAUCGUCAAUGCCGCGGUCACAUGCGCCAGGCAUGUCAGCCAAAUGACCUCUCUUCGAGAUGGUCCUCCACCGAAAGCACCGAUCAUCAUCGAUUCCCCCAUACAAAAGCAACCGAAGAACACGACGACAGCCAGACCUCUCAAAGAGAACGUUCUGGGAGUCCAAUUGAACGCACCGUCUACGACCAAUAUCAUUGGAAAUGGAUUGCCUCUGCCCCUUCCGACGCAGAUGAAAGUCCAUCGCCCGCAAUGGCCGACAUUCCAGUUUCUUGAUCACAUCCAACCUGGACUACCGGUCCCAGAUUUGAACCGCUUCAAUCCCGUCAUUGCAGCAGGACGACCACCGAAUCUCGCCGCCGCUGGAGAUCGAGCUGCCAUCCCGCGAGGCGAACCCUCCGGCCACAUCGUUCGACCUCUCUUGCUUCCUCCUGUACCUCCUCUUACCAAGCUCGCCGUCUCGGGAGAGAAAUAUCAUCCCGGCGAGGCCAACCUCCCUCCCUUUCGAAACGUCUUUACACCCUGGGAUUUGCGACCCUAUCCGAAAUCGCCACCCACCGCUCCGUCCAAGUGGCGUCCCUUGCCCCUCGCCGAUCAACCUCUACCACGUGGACGUCCCGGACCAAAGUUUGAACCAUGGGCUACCCGAACUGAAUUAGUCCCGCCCUUGUCCCUGCCGAGUCAGCUGGACAAGCCAAUGUCCAUCGAUCUCGACCGUGAAACGCAGUCGUGGUCGAUGUGCGGCGCGGAGGGCGGAAAAGGAAAGGGUCGGGCUGGGAUCGAUCAGAGUUGGAAUCCGGAAUGACGACCUGCAUGAAUCUGCUUGCUCGAUGAGCCGCAUUGCGCUCCACACAUCGACAACCGUACGGAAGCGACGAUCCACCAGACUUCGUAUCUCUUUCGAUGACCCGUUUGUAAUCGCCUGGAAUCUUCUCGAGCCCUGCGAACGCAGAUGACGAAGCAGAGAUACGCAUGUGCAUGUUCGCAGUCAUGGUCCCUUAUCGUAGGCGAGCCUGAAACGUUUCUCGUGACGGCGGGGUUAGAACUGGGAUACCACGAGGGCGUGUAUCGUGGCGGAA